AUGGUCACGAUUCAGUCACUCGGCUCGGCCUUUUUUCGACAACAGUUGGCUGUUGCCAUAUACAAGUUGGCGGAUGUCCUAGAAAAUUUAACCUAUGUCACAGGCCUGCCACAGGAGAGCAUCGGGCUCAUCAUCGGGUCCAUAGCCUUCUUCCUCAUCACGUAUUUUUCUCUGGCUCCACUGGCAUUCGGGCGGGUGUCCCGCGAGAAACGUUGGGAAGAGCUCACUCCAGAGACGCAGGAUGAUUGGAAAAUGCGAACCAGUAAUCUGGUCAAGGGCACCGCUUUCGGUUUCGAUGCUGCCUACAUCGUGAUCACCGACAUUCUCGCAGGGCGUGCCUAUCUGUUCGAACGCAUCUGCCACCGACGUGCGCACGGGGAGCGGCUCACAGCCAUCGCCAUGGGUUUCUACCUCUGGCACUCGGUAUCUCUUGUUCGCAAGAUUUACACUACUCCCUUUUCCUCGACUAUCAUAUUUCUUGAGCUUCGAGAUUACCAAUAUCCCAUAUAA